AAAAAAAAAAAGAAAAAGGAAAAGGAAAAGCAAGAAAAGUAGUUAAACUUCGACAUCAGUGGGUUCGUGAAAACUGGAUUUCGUUGCCGGUCUGGAAAUACGCGUGUAGGAAAGUCUUGGGUUCUGAAGAAGAGAGGCUGCCCAGAAGAGAGAGAGAGAGAGGAAGCCUUGUGGUAAAUUGAAGAUGAAGACAAAAGAUCUGAUGUAGAGAUAGAGAUAGCGAGACUCACACACACACUGAGAUUCACCAGUGGUUGCGGCGGCGGCGGUUUUGGUCGACAGUCGUGGUGACUUUUUUUUUCUGGGUCAGAUCUCUUUUUCUGUGGAUUCAUCGCUUCUGUUUGUUUCUGGGGGAAAACUGAAUCUCGUCCUUGCUUGAUUUUCCUUGCUGGUUGGGUGAUAGCUGAUGUUAGGUCAGUUGAAGGGUCUUGGGUGAUUUUGCGAAGUCAAACUUGGCUUAUUUGCUUCUCGUUUGGUCAAUGAAAGGGUUUUCCCCAUCUGUGAUGGCCGGCAAGAAGUGAAAUUGGCUUCCGGUUUGUGGUUCUGGACCAUUUUGGCUUCGUGGGUAGGUCUUCGUUUGGGGGUUUUAGUGCGUUUGACGAAGUUAUUGAUUAUUUUGGUGAGUGAUGUUUCAUGCCCGAAUCAUGGACAUGUCAUGAUCUACAGUUUUUGUUACUUCUCUUGGUGGAUGGUCAUCGAGCUAUUGAAAUUCAGUUCUGGUUUGAGUUACACUAUCAAGGAGGGGUUGAGUUGGAAGAUCCUACCAAGAAAAGCUUAUGUCGUUCCGUAACAUAGUACGUGAUGUCAGAGAUGGGUUUGGGAGCUUAUCUCGGCGGAGUUUCGAUGUAAGGCUGCCAGGUCAUCAUAAUAGAGGGAAAUCUCAUGGCUCUAUUACCGACUCGAAUGACCAGCAGCUGGUGGUUGUUCAGAGUAGCCGUUGGGCUAGCCUUCCGCCUGAGUUGCUCCGUGAUGUAAUUAAGAGGUUGGAGGCUAGUGAGGGCACUUGGCCUGCUCGCAAGCAUGUUGUUGCGUGUGCUGCAGUUUGCAAAGCAUGGAGAGAAAUGUGUAGAGAACUUGUUAGAAGUCCAGAGUUCUCUGGGAAGAUUACUUUCCCAGUUUCCCUGAAGCAGCCUGGACACAGGGAUGGACUCAUCCAGUGCUUCAUUAAGAGAGACAAGUCCAAGUUAACUUACCAUCUUUUCCUUUGCCUUAGCCCUGCUUUGCUGGUUGAAAAUGGGAAAUUUCUUCUCUCUGCUAAAAGAACCCGCAGAACUACUUGCACAGAGUAUAUUAUCUCCAUGGAUGCUGACAACAUAUCAAGAUCGAGUGGUACAUAUAUAGGGAAACUACGAUCAAAUUUCUUAGGAACCAGGUUCAUAAUCUAUGACACGCAGCCGCCCUACAACAACGCACAGCUGCCCGCUCCUCCUGGGAGAAGCCGGAGGUUCUACUCGAAAAAAGUAUCACCAAAGGUUCCCACAGGAAGCUACAACAUCGCCCAGAUCUCAUACGAGUUGAACGUGCUGGGUACUCGUGGUCCCCGCAGGAUGCAAUGCACCAUGCGCUCCAUCCCAACCUCAUCCCUCCAGCCCGGCGGUUCUGUCCCGGGCCAACCCGAGAUCCUGCUACCAGGGUCCCUCGAGGACUCGUUCCGAAGCAUGUCGCUGUCAAAGUCGAUAAUGGACAGCUCGAGCGAGUUCAGCAGCUCCCGCUUCUUCGACAGACGUCGAGACGGGGGAGAAGGUGGAGGAGAGGAAGAAGUGAAAGACAACGACGGGCCGGUGAUCCUGCGGAACAAAGCGCCCAGGUGGCACGAGCAGUUGCAGUGCUGGUGUCUCAACUUCCGGGGCAGAGUGACGGUAGCCUCAGUCAAGAACUUCCAGCUGAUCGCGGCGAAUCAGCCAGCUGCUGCCCCGGCUGCAGCGGCCUGUGGGCAGCAGCCUCAGCCGCAAUCGCAGUCUGAUCAUGAUAAGAUAAUAUUGCAGUUUGGGAAGGUUGGGAAGGAUAUGUUCACCAUGGAUUACCGGUACCCGCUAUCUGCAUUUCAAGCUUUUGCGAUAUGCUUGAGCAGCUUUGACACCAAGCUGGCAUGUGAAUAGAGAGAAGGACGAAGACCGGGAAAGAAUCAGACUGAAAACUUGGGAGUAGGAAGAAUGUUUCAGUUCUGGGUUGUCUGUAUUUAUUGUUGGAUCUAGUUUCUGGGUAGUGGCUACUGCAGAGGCAGCAUUGAUGUUGUAUUGUAUGGUGCAAUGUACAAGUUUAGAUGGACGUGAUAGGGGAACUGAGUUCGGGAUUCUGACUUCUGAGUUUCUGCCUUCUCUUUUGCUUUAUGUUUUUGGUUCUCUCUAUUGUUUGUUGUUAUGCAAUUGUGCUUUUGCCUUAACCUUAACCUCCCAAAUUUG